UUUGUUUUCAUCCACCAUCCAAUAACGACGUUGUAGCCAUCUUUUAAUGUAACUGAAAUCAUGUUUGGUUUCAUGCUCGACCAGUUAAAAAAAAAUUGAUGGUUAUAAUGUUACAUAAGAUACUACUUGUGGUCGUGAACAAUCAUCAUGAAUUUUUUGUUUGGUUCGGUAUUUCACGCUGCCGACGUAUUCUUUGAGCAGGGAAACCUAUUUACUAAGUACCUAUUUAUUGACCCCGUGUCAGUUGUACGAAUAAUAAUCCAUGUUCGUACAUGAUUUUUUUCUUCUGCUAUAGUAAACGUAAGGGUAGGUUAGGUGUGUUACAUAAAUAAAAUUCUCGCAAAGAUUCCUUGUUCAUUAUUUUUCCGAAGGAGUAUGGGUUUUUUUUUUUUUUUUUUUAAUUACGAGCUAGGGGCGAACGCAUACAUGUUGGGGUCUGAGCGGGGCUUAGUGAAUCGUAGGCUUUCUCUUCGCCUUGCGCAGGACAGCUUCAGACCGAUUGAGCAUGAGCGGCGCGAAGUGUGCGCAUGCGCACAAGGAAGUAGUUCCCAGAGGGCGCGGCCAUCGCUCGGCCUCCCUUCCGUCCGACUACGGCGCAGCGAAUAUAUCAGUGUGUGUGAGAGAGCAUUGCGGACAGACGUUGCUGGUAUUGCGCAGUUCAAAGUCUGACAGCUGAGUCAAGAAUAUCGCAGUCAUGUUUGCUGGGUUUGGAGAUGUCCUGAAGAACCUGAGUUCGGGUGCGGAGGACACGGCGGAGGAGGCCAAGCACGGGGCAGAGGACCUCCUGGAGAGGAAGAAGCAAGAGCUUGCGGAGCUGGCGGAGAAGAAGAAGCAGGUGGCAGCUGAGCUGCUGGAGGAGCAGGCACGCAAGACCGGAGACCUGGUGUGGUCCACAAAGGCCGACCUGGAGAAGCUGGCGGUGGACGAGGUGCAGAAGAUGGUGACCAACGCUGCUGCUGGCAAGGACAGUGUCAAGCACAAGGCCAUUGAUGCGCUCGACGAGCUAGUCAAGGCGGAGAAAGCAACAGACAAUGCGAUCAACGCGGCCGGCUCCACCGUGGAAAACAAGCUGAAGGAGGCGGACAAAAUCCUGGAUGAGAAGCGAGACAACCUGGCCAAGGGUGUGGCCGACACCACCGAGAAUGUGAAGGAGUCAAAGGACGAUGCUGUAUCUGACCUGCUGGACAAAGCCAAGGGCUUGUUCAAUUUUUAAAAGGAAGACGAGAAGCUCGCCGCAACACACAAUGCACCUUCAGUCCUAGCUUGUGGUUGCUUCCCAGCUACUCUACCAUGCCAUAGCAGCUAUGAAUCCCUCACUUCCUACUCUACCAUGCCAUAGCAGCUAUGAAUCUGUCACUUCUGAAGAUUUACUUGUAAUACUCAGUUUGAAGAAAAGUAUUAUUAUUGCACUUUUUGAUUAGUUUCUUUUUUUUUUAAAGACUAGUUAAUUAGGUUUAAGUAUAUUUAGAAUAGAACUAGUGCUUUAUGAAAAUUCUUUCACUAAAUUUUUAUUUCUUAAAGUAUAUUUUUGUAAUUAUAUAUUUACUGAAUACUUGUGCCUACAUUGCUGAACACAUUUUGAUGACAAUAGUCUUGUAUAUUUUGUAGUUUUCCCUAUAAGAGGUAAGUAGGAUUCUAAAACAGAUGCUAAAUUGUUCAACUUAGCAAAAUAAGUUAUUGACUGUUCCCAGAAAAGUUAAAAAAUUUGUCCUUAAAUCAGAUUUUAAAAUAUGUAAUUUUUCCUGAUUGUUAUCUAGUAAGUAAAAUGUAACUCCAAUAAUGUCACUUUGAAAAUAUAUAGAGGCCUAUUUUAUGUAAAUAUUUGAGAAUUAACACCAAAUGUUACUUUGGGCAUUAAAAUUGUCACACUACAUUAAUUUUAGCUUUACUAGUUGUAUUUCUAUGUAGCCUAUUAUAUAUUUUGAUACACUUUAUGUAAAUUUGAGAUGAUAGCUUCUUAAAUAUUUCUCAUUUACCAAAAAUUAUAUGCAUACUAAGUUCUAGAUAAAUUUACGAAAGAUAUAAAUGUAAUUACAAUAUGUUUAAAAGCAACGGACUGUCAUUUAAAGUAUUUUAUUUAAGAGUUAUUAAAAAUAUGGCAGCAAAUGUAGGGUAAUUUUUUUAGAAAUAAAACUGUUAAAAUAU